GCAAGUCAAGACAAUAACUCAGCAGCUACCUAUGUGAUUACUGAUAUUUUGUUAUUGCACUUACAUUUUGCUGAUUCUUCUAUGAGAGUAUACCUGCAUUUCUUUCCUUUUUUUAUCUUUACAUGAAAUAAGCUGCACCUGCCUCACUGACACGGACUAUAUAUUGACUCAGUAAGAAGAAAAUGUUACUUUCCAGAUCUUAUGUGAUUGGAAGCGUGUUUGUGACGAUACUGUUUAUUGUAGGAUUCUGCUUCCAGAACCCAGAACUAAUUUUUCAAGCACAGCAAAAACUGAAGUGUAAUUGGUCGCAAAAUGUAAUUGACAAAUCCAUAGAGUUGGCGCACUUUGAAAGAAAACAACUUAUAAACAGCGUCGGAUUUAGGAAAGCAGGGCUCAAUGUCCUCACUCCCUGGCUUGCCCCGAUUAUCUGGAAUGGAACAUAUGACAUUGACAUCUUAGAUAACCAACAUAAGGACACAAGGAUAGGACUGUUUGUAUUUGCUGUUAAGAAGUAUAUUCGGUUCCUUCUGCCAUUUCUGGAGUCAGCAGAACAGUUCUUUAUGGUUGGUCACAAAGUCACCUAUUAUGUGUUCACUGACAAGGUCAAUGAUGUGGUUAAACCCAAACUGGCUAACGAUCGUAUCUUGCAACUACACAAGGUUACUGCCGACCGACGUUGGCAGGACGUAUCGAUGAGAAGGAUGGAGGCACUCACACUCUUCACAAAGGAACGAAUGCCGAAAGAGAUCGACUACUUGAUAUGUGCAGAUGUGGAUAUGGUGUUUAAUGAUCACAUGGGAGUUGAAAUACUUGGAGAUCUUGUUGCCACACUCCACCCGGCAUUUUUCCUCUCGGAACGGGAGUCCUUUUCUUAUGAGCGUCGGCCAAUUUCUGCAGCAUAUAUACCAGACGGCCAAGGAGAUUUCUAUUACAUGGCAGCUUUAUAUGGUGGAAAAGUGGAAGAAAUUUACAAGCUCAGCCUGGCUUGCCAGAAAGGUAUCACAGAGGACAAGAAAAAGUCCAUUGAAGCUGUGUGGCAGGAGGAAUCUCACCUGAACAGGUAUCUGGUAUACAAUAAACCUACCAAGGUGCUUUCUCCUGAAUAUCUGUGGGAUACUGAUUUGCCCCAUGGUGAAUUUAUAAAGAAGAGGCGGUUCCUAGCUGUACAUAAAAAUCACAAUGAAGUGAGGAACACAAAAUGAUCUUUUAACCAAAACUAUUUGCGAAGUGACUCACUUUCUAGAACGCUUCUGUCAUCUUGUCAUUCUCGUAUAGUUGUAAAAUAUAAAAAAAAAGUAUGUCAAAAAUGUAUUUAUAUGUAACCAACAAUGUAUGAAUAAUUAUUCUUAAAUAAACAAGUUAUU